GUGUGAAUAAAUGGUCUUAAAUAAUGACAGAACUUGCUAUGGUAUCUUGGAAUGAUAAGGGAUCUUCGAUAUGGCAGGGGGAAUAUCCAUGUAUUUGGUCUUCAUUAAUCUACUGGCAUCUGUCUUGAGCCUUCCCACGGCCAACCACACCUGCCAGCAUGACAAAUACGCCUGUGGAGACGGAGCCUGCAUCCCCGUUAACUGGGUCUGUGAUGGAGAAGUAGACUGCAAAAACGAUAUGGACGAACAAAAUUGCGUUACAGAUCAUCCAACAACUUGUAGCGGUGGUUCAUAUCAAUGCAACAGCGGCGCAUGCGUCCCACACAGAUGGCGCUGUGACGGGGAAUUAGAUUGUAAUGACGGAUCAGACGAGGAGAACUGUACAUCAACUGUAUCAGUAACAGCUACCAAAUCCACAACUUCGACCAUGACGUCAUCGAUCAGUUCUAUACCGCCAUUAACAAGCACAAUGCCUCUAUCUUCCUCAACAAUUAGUUUGUUGGGACCAGACCCGAACUGCCGGGAUGAGCAGUUGAACUGUCAUGUGCUUGUUACCGACAUUGACAUUUGUUCCAUGCCGGCCUCAGCACAGCUUCUGUGUGCAUCAACCUGCCGUAUGUGUAGCGGGUCCUCCGGAUCACAAAAUCACGUGACAGACCACCAAACGACAAAGCACAACCCUGGUCAUCCAACAGCUUCAACUCAAACAAUGACGACGUCGACUCAAACAACGAUGACGACCACAGGGACUUCGCACUCUCCCUAUACCGCCCCGUCCACUUAUGUACCAGCAGCAUCAGGCUGUGUAGACGCCGAGGACAACUGUGAGCAUCUGGUGAAAACAAUCAACAUAUGCAGUGAUCCAGUAAAAGCAGAGUUCAUAUGCCAGAGAACAUGCAAUGCCUGCGGAACUACCGAUAAUCUGAUAAUUGGUUAAGAUUCAACGAUGGUUAUUUUUUAUCUAAACAUACAUGUAUAGAUAUAAUUUUAUGUAGCUCUAAUACAAUAAAGAAUGAAUGUUUAA